GUCGGCUUCCCUGGGCGCCAAAAUUUGAGCGAGGAGAUUGGCGCGGGCGGCAUCGGCAGCAAUAUAAAUUGGAGAACUUUCCUCAUCCCCCUUGAAGGGGGGCUUGGCAUGGUCCCUCCGAGAGACAGAAAAGAUGCACGUCAAGUCAAUUGUCCUUGAGGGAUUCAAGUCCUAUGCCCAGAGGACAGAAAUCAAUGGCUUUGACCCGCUGUUCAAUGCUAUCACUGGCUUAAAUGGCAGCGGCAAGUCCAAUAUCCUGGAUUCCAUCUGUUUCCUGUUGGGCAUCUCCAACCUAUCUCAGGUGCGAGCAUCCAAUUUACAAGAUUUGGUUUACAAAAAUGGCCAGGCUGGAAUUACUAAAGCAACUGUAUCAAUCACCUUUGAUAAUUCUGACAAGAAACAGAGUCCUCUGGGAUUUGAGGCUCAUGAUGAGAUCACUGUCACCAGGCAGGUUGUCAUUGGAGGCAAAAAUAAGUACCUAAUCAAUGGUGUGAAUGCAAACAACACUCGAGUGCAGGAUCUCUUCUGUUCUGUGGGACUCAAUGUCAACAACCCUCACUUCCUCAUUAUGCAGGGUCGAAUUACAAAAGUUCUAAAUAUGAAGCCUCCAGAGAUUUUAGCUAUGAUUGAAGAAGCGGCUGGUACCAGAAUGUAUGAAUGCAAGAAAAUAGCUGCUCAGAAAACCAUAGAGAAGAAGGAGGCAAAACUGAAAGAAAUUCAAACGAUUUUAGAAGAGGAGAUCACACCAACCCUCCAGAAACUGAAAGAGGAACGAUCAUCCUAUUUGGAAUACCAAAAAGUAAUGCGAGAGAUAGAACACUUAAGCCGCCUUUAUAUUGCAUAUCAGUUUGUUCUGGCUGAAGAAACUAAAGUACGCUCUGCAGAGGAGUUAAAGGAAAUGCAGGCAAAUAUAGCAAAACUUCAGGAUUCAAUGGCUGAAAAUGAGAAGAAGAUAAAAGAACUUAACAAAGAAGUAGCAGAGAUGGAAAAGAAAAGAGAUAAGGAAGUUGGUGGUGUACUUCGCGCACUAGAAGAUGCUCUUACAGAAGUUCAAAGAGUUGAUACUAAAGCACAAAGUGCCCUUGAUCUCAAGAAGCAAAACUUAAAAGGUGAAGAAUAUAAACGCAAAGAACUGGUAAAAAGUAUGGAGGAGGAUUCCAAAGCUUUAGUGGCAAAGGAGAAAGAGGUAAUAAAGAUGCAAGGUGGGCUUGAUGCUCUUCAGGAGGCAAGUAAGACAGACACAGAGGCUUUAGCUGUGGCACAACAACAUUUUAAUGCUGUGUCUGCUGGUCUGUCCAGCAACGAAGAUGGUGAAGCAGCUACUCUGGCUGAACAAAUGAUGACCUGCAAAAAUGAUAUCAGUAAAACAGAAACAGAGGCUAAACAGGCUCAGAUGAAGUUGAAACAUGCUCAGCAAGAGUUGAAGACAAAACAAGCUGAAGUAAAAAAAGUGGAUGGAGGCUACAAGAAAGAUAAUGAAGCAUUUGAAACUGUCAAAAAGCUGAAAGAGAAGCUAGAAAAUGAAAUGAAAAAGCUAAAUUAUGAAGACAAAAAAGAAGAAACUCUUUUGGCAAAACGGAAAGAAUUGUCCUGCGAUGUCAAUCGGAUGAGAGAGUCUUUUGAAGCUUUAAUGGCCAAAUUCCCCAGGCUGCAGUUUCAGUACAAAGAUCCAGAAAAAAAUUGGAAUUCAAACCAUGUAAAAGGACUUGUUGCAUCUCUAAUCACUGUGAAAGAUGUUUCCACAGCAACAGCUCUAGAAGUGGUAGCUGGAGGGAAACUCUAUAAUAUUGUUGUGGACACUGAGGUUACUGGUAAGAAACUCCUAGAAAAAGGAGAACUGAAGCAACGAUACACCAUCAUUCCACUGAACAAAAUUGCAGCUGAAUGUAUUGCAGAAAAUACUGUGACAGUGGCCAAAAGCUUGGUUGGUGCUGACAAUGCUCAUUUGGCCCUUUCACUGGUUGGCUAUGAAUCUGAGCUGCAGAAGGCAAUGGAAUAUGUUUUUGGAACAACACUGGUUUGUGAUAACAUGGAUAAUGCCAAGAAAGUGACAUUUGACAAAAAGAUAAUGAAAAGAACUGUCACACUUGGAGGAGAUACCUUUGACCCCCAGGGCACUCUAAGUGGAGGUGCACGGUCACAGUCUACCCCUAUAUUGUCCAUAAUUCAAGAACUGAAAAGCAUUGAUGAAAAGUUAAAAACUAAGGAGGCUGAGCUAGAGACAGUAGAAAAAGAGCUGGCAAGUUUAAAGAACACUGCUGAAAAGUAUCGACAUCUGAAACAACAGUGGGAGAUGAAAUCGGAAGAAGCAGAACUAUUGCAGACAAAGCUUCAGCAGAGUGCCUAUCACAAACAACAACAAGAAUUGGAAGCCCUUGAAAAAACCAUUGAGGAAAGUCAAGGGAUACUAAAGAAAACUAAUGAAGUAAAAAAAAAGGCAGAAGAAAAAUACAAAGUACUAGAAAACAAAAUGAAAAAUGCUGAAGUAGAGCGUGAGAGAGAACUGAAAGAAGCCCAGCAGAAGUUAGAUGGUGCUAAGAAAAAGGCAGAUGCAUCCAGCAAAAAGAUGAAAGAAAAGCAGCAGGAAGUUGAAGCGUUGGUCCUGGAAUUAGAAGAGCUAAAACGAGAAGAGACUUCCUAUAAACAACAGAUUGAGGCUGUUGAUGAAGCUAUCAAAUCCUACCAGAUGCAGAUUGAUGCUAUGACAUCUGAGGUGUCCAAGACCAAGGAGUCUGUAAAAAAGGCUCAGGAGGAGCUGGCCAAGCAAAAGGAAGUGAUCAUGACACAGGAUAAAGAAAUUAAAGACAAAUCUGCAGAGGCAGCAAAUUACAGAGAACAAAAUAAUGAAUCUCAGCUUAAGGUUAAAGAGCUGGAACACAACAUCAGUAAACACAAGCGAGAGACAACAGAUGCUGCUGCCAAGGUGACCAAAAUGCUGAACGAGCAUGAGUGGAUAGCUUCAGAAAAACAACUCUUUGGCCAGCCUAACACAGCCUAUGACUUUAAAACUAACAAUCCUAAAGAAGCAGGUCAAAGGCUGCAGAAACUGCAAGAGAAAAAGGGGAAGCUGGAAAGGAAUGUGAACAUGAGAGCUAUGAACAUGCUUUCGGAGGCAGAAGAGAAGUACAAUGACUUAAUGAAGAAGAAGAGAAUUGUAGAAAACGACAAGUCUAAAAUUCUUGCAACAAUUGUAGAGCUUGAUCAAAAGAAAAAUGAAGCUUUAAAUAUUGCUUGGCAAAAGGUGAAUGCAGACUUUGGCUCCAUUUUCUCUACUCUUCUACCUGGAGCCAAUGCUAAGUUGGCAGCCCCUGAAGGACAAACAGUCCUAGAUGGCCUCGAGUUCAAGGUUGCCUUAGGAAACACCUGGAAGGAAAAUUUAACAGAACUUAGUGGAGGUCAAAGGUCUUUGGUGGCUUUGUCCCUGAUCUUAGCCAUGCUGCUUUUCAAACCUGCUCCAAUUUACAUCCUGGAUGAAGUAGAUGCAGCCCUUGACCUCUCCCACACACAGAACAUUGGACAGAUGCUUCGUACCCACUUCAGGCAUUCCCAGUUCAUUGUGGUCUCUCUGAAAGAUGGGAUGUUCACCAAUGCAAAUGUCCUCUACAAAACCAAGUUUGUAGACGGGGUAUCCACUGUUACAAGGUACACUCAGGCACAGAAUGGAAACAAUGCACCUCGACAGCAAAAAGCUGGUAAAACAAAACCAAGGGAGAACAGACCUUAUGUGGAUGUUUGACAAGAAAAUUCCACCUGCGUCACUCGGGAAUCGCCUGCAUUUCAGUCUCCUGGUUUGAAAUGAGCAAGUGAGAGUCAAUGAAGUACUCUGGCCAGUUUUCUGUAAUGUACUCUUUCCAGUUGUAUUUUGUAUUUACAUACUUCAUUAUACCUGUGGGUUUUUUUCAGAAAAAUCUUCAGUGACUGUCCUCUGAUGUUUGUAACUUUUUUUUUCUAUCAGCACCUUUUCACUUCUUUUCUUGGAGGUUUUAUUCUAAUUUCUGCCUUUCUGCCACUUCUGGAAGAGCAUUGCCCUUCAGCUUAGCUCAACCUUGACUGCCACUGUACAGUUUGUUGGCUUUGUAUUUUUCCCACAAAUAAUUCUGAUAGUUCCCCCCAUUUAAAAUGGCCUUUUUUUAAUCAUGAUUUUUUUUAAAGACGAGGAAGUGAAUGUUUUCCUUUAUUCUGAUAUGCAAAUGCAUGAUGAAACU